GUGCGCUGCUACUACUCCUUCGUGCCCAACGUACUCGCGAUAGGUUGUAUAUGCGACGAUGGUGGGCGUUCCGGGAAGAUCUAAGGGGUGUGUGACGUGCAGGAAGAGGAAGAAGGGUUGCGACUUGAAACGACCUGCCUGCAGCCAAUGCCUUGAGCGGAAUAUCGUAUGUGGAGGCUACGACCUAGACCGCGUCUUCAUCACCAGCAAGUAUGAGCCUCCAUCACCUCUGGCUAGCACCCGACCAACCCCACGUCGAGACCCCACAAUGGAUUUGGCGGCAGUUACGGCCUCCUCCUACCACGUGAUACCUCCAUCUCUUGCGCAGACUGCGUUCAGUGCGAAAGGUAUGGAGGCUGUUUUUGACCUGUUUCCUGCGUAUCAAGACGCGGGAGGCGCCUUGCAAUUGGUCAACCCAUUUUCUAAGCUUCUGGCGACAUUGAGUCUGCGAGAAGAAGCACUUCGUCAGACAAUCUUUGCUGUUGGAUUAGUCACGCUCGGGAAAAGAUCGAAUGACCAGGUUGUGCUUCGCAAAGGUCGGAUGCUGUAUGGUAAAGCGCUCCAGGAGCUCGGAGUAUCACUGCAGAACCCCAACCGACCAACCAUUGAGGCUCUACUCGCCACGACAAGACUGAUGGGACUUUACGAGAUAUUGUACGGUGCUGAUAAUGGAGAGAACUUGACACAGGCGAGGAACUGGAUGACCCAUGCUCAGGGUGAGCUCGCCUUGAUUGUAUCUAGAGGACCUGAGGCUUUUACUACGGAUGCUGCGCACCUUAUGUUUACGCUUGCACGAUACAAUUCUGCCAUCACUGGGGUCCGGUCUCGAAAGCCGGUUGUGUUCGAUGAGGAACAGUGGAAGACAAUUCCAUGGCGAGGGCGAGUCAAGCCCGCAAGCGACACCAUCAUCGACAUCCUCCUAGGACUGCCAGAGGUUCUCGCAGAACUGGAUUACCUGGAUCACAUGUCGUUUGGCGAUGAGCGUUUCGACGAUCUAAGGCUAAAAAUAACGGCAAAAUGUUGGGCUGUACACUGCAACCUAAACGCAUGGUUCGCGAAAAAUUCGCAUGAAGUCUACACCCCUGACAUCGAAGCACCAAUUCCACUCGAGUUUCCUAACUUAAGUGUUGCGUCGCUCUCCCUCCGUUAUUGGGCGACAGCAACGUUACUGUACCAAUGCCUCGACCGUGCCUUACGCUUCUCGUCAAACGAUACUC